AAAUUUUCAGGUAAUUCAUUUGUAUCCUCAAAAUUGCUAUGAACUUGCAACGACUGCGGAAUUAGGGUUAGGGUUCCCGCGCCAAAUUCGACGUUUCUGAUCCUGAAUUGCUUAACUCCUUGAUCGUGGAUGGAAGUUUGAUUAUUUUUCAGGGAUUAGAUUUGUUUUCCUGAACCUCAUACAGGGAUUUUGUUGGUUCAUUUGGUUUUGGUGAAGCUCGUGGAUUCUUCUUGAGAAUUUCGUUCAGCGCUUAAUUGCUAAUGGGAGCACCUAAACAGAAGUGGACUCCAGAAGAGGAAGCAGCUCUGAGAGCUGGUGUCCUUAAACACGGGCCCGGAAAAUGGCGAACGAUACUCAAGGACUCGCAAUUCAGUGGAGUUUUAUAUCUACGAUCCAACGUCGAUCUGAAGGACAAGUGGAGGAAUAUGGGUGUGAUGUCAAACGGGUGUGGCUCACGAGAGAAGGCCAAGCUGACACUGAAAAGGAUCCACCCGUCACCCAAACAUAAAGCGAGCUCUAUGCCUCGCUCAUCUUUAAGUCAAAGUGGUGAUGAUUUAGUUGAUUCCAGGACUAAUGCUAAUUCGGGAGGUUCUUCGCCUAAUGAUGCCCCUAAGAGAUCCAUCAUGAGGCUGGAUAAUCUCAUAAUGGAGGCUAUUAAAAAUUUGAGGGAGCCCGGUGGUUCUAACAAGACAUCCAUAGCUGCAUACAUAGAGGACCAAUACUGGGCGCCUCCAAACUUCAAGAGGAUUUUGUCUGCAAAGCUAAAACAUUUUACUGCUAUGGGGAAACUUAUUAAGCUGAAACGGAAGUUCAGAAUAGCCGCACCUUCGUCUCGACCCGAGAGACGAAAAGUGCCUUCAAUUCCCGAAAGAGUUGACCAAUUGGAUGUCAAUCGGCUAUCAAAAUCGCAGGUUGACUUGGAGCUGGCCAAGAUGAGCAACAUGACCCCACAAGAAGCUGCAGAAGCCGCGGCUCGAGCCGUGGCUGAAGCUGAAGCUGCCAUGGCUGAAGCUGAAGAGGCGGCUCGGGAAGCUGAGGUGGCCGAAGCUGAUGCUGAGGCUGCUCAAGCAUUUGCAGAGGCGGCUCUAAAGACUCUGAAAGAAAGGAAUAGUUCGAUUACAAAUGGACAGAUGAUUCAUGCAUGAUGGAGUCUUAAAGCGUCCAGCCGCUUGGAGUUCAUCAUCCUUCAUUGAAACCUUGGCGUGUAUACGUCAUUUAAAGAGUUUGCUACAAAUAAUGUAAAUAAAAGAUAUAUUUAGGAUAUGAUUUAUAGGUUGAAGUGUGGGUCUUCUUCUUCAUGGUAUAGGUGUAUUUUAAUCCAUUAUAAAAGCUGUUGCUUGUUUACUGAAAAAGUUUUUGUACGAAGUUCUAAAGAGAACUGGAGAUCUGCAGGAGCAAAUUGUGUGGGGGUAUUAUAGAAUAAUAACGAAUACAACUAAGAUGUUUAGUGCAUAUUGUUGUUUCAAUUUUUGGGACCAAAGACGAAAAUAUUGAGGCAUGUUGUAUGUGAAAAGGCAAAUUUGUCUUUUACCUUUCUUUUCUCCUUAAUAAAUUGUGCG